AUGAAAUUCACCAUCACUUUUGCCCUGGCAGCUCUAUUGAGCACUGCCGCUGCUCAAGGCCUGGGCGAUCUGCCCGACUGCUCGAAAACCUGUGCUACGGGUUCAAUUCCCCAGAGCUGCGGCAUUGAUUUCAAGUGCAUCUGCGAGUCCAAGUCCUUCCUGGACGAUGUCGCCUGCUGCAUCGCCGAUAAAUGCUCCAAGGCUGACCAAGAAACAACCAUCAAGGUCGCCAAGUCAAUCUGUGCCCGCGGUGGUGUGACCGACCUGCCCGCCGAGGUGGUCUGCUCGAGCAGUAAAUCCAGUUCCAGCUCUGGCGCCAGUACCAGUACCAGCUCCAGCUCCAGCUUGACCGAGACUGGAAUCAAGUCUAGCACUGAGACCUCGAGUACGACGGAAACUUCGGAUUCGACUACUGCGACCAAUACGAACGCUUCUACCGCUUCCUCGAACAGUGCCUCGUCCGUCUCUGCUGCGGCGACUAGCACUGGUGUCGCUGCUCUUGCCCACAGGGAUUCUUCGCUCGUGGCCGCUGCUGGUGCUGCGGCGGCGUUCGCCAUUCUGAUCUAG